AUAAAGCCGUAACAGCAGUAUAUAAAGGAUAUAAUUAUAAUAUACAGAAUAUUUGUUGACUUAUGAAGAAUGGCAGUGAGAAAGUAUAUACGAUGUGGUGCUCGUGUAUCACAACGGAAAAACGAGAUGAAGACAGCGACGAUUAGCAACAAGAAAUCUAUGGAAUCCAAUGACAAAAGCAAAAAAGCUUUAGUUGUCGCUAAUCUUCAACAAGAAAUUAAGAUAGCGCGAUUAUUGGCUAACAAUGACAAAAAAGUCCGAGACAAAGUGCUAAAAAGACUUAAUAAAUGGCUCACAGUACGAUCACAGAGUUCGUUUGUGUUUACGAAGAUAGAUUUCAUGAGCUUAUGGAAAGGUCUUUUUUACUGCAUGUGGAUGUCAGAUAAGAUGUUGAUCCAGGAGGAAUUGGCAGAAUCCCUGAGCAAGCUUGUGCAUUGCUUAAAAUCAAAAGAUACAAUUAUACUUUACACUAGCUGUGCCCUACAGACGCUUGCUGCUGAAUGGUUUGGCAUAGAUCAGUAUAGAUUAGAUAAAUUUUCCAUGUUGGUCAGGAGGAUUCUUCGUCAAACAUUUAUAGUUUGUAAAAAUCAUUCGUGGAAUAUGGAAUGGGUGACAGAAUUUUCGAAAAUAUUUACGCAACUCUUUUUGCAUGUAAAAACCGGCAUAGGAUUUAAUUUGCAUGUAACAGAGAUAUAUCUAGAAGAGCUUGCCAAGAUUGGUAAUGGAAAUCUACAAGAAGAUGUAGUUCACGAACUUAUUAAACCCUUUGCUGAGUAUCUAAUAACUACAAGUGACGAACGACAGAUGAAACAUAUCAUGCGACAUAUUUUCAGAUAUUUGAUAUUCCAAUCGGAUAUUGGUUUAGAUUACAUAGAAAAAUUUAAUUCUUGGAGAGACGCUGGCUUUCCCUGUGCACAUAUAGAUGAUAUGCAAAAAGUAGAAAUAUCUGACAUAGAAGAAAAUACUGACAAUGAAGAUAAACAAUUUUCUGAAGCUGAGUCAGAAAAUGAGAUUGAGAAGCCUUUAGAUCCAAGGGCGGGUAAAAUGGAUAUCGAACUACCGCCAAUACCUUUUAAUGCCGCGAAGAUUGCUGAGUUGCUUUCAACGUAUAAAUUUCAUCAGUCAUCAACGGCAAAAUCACGCAGGCAGCUCUUGAGACUUUUUGACGAAUUUACAGAAUUGUCACAAGGAAAGAUGCCGCUUGGAAUAAAAAGAGUCAGGAAACCAAAUCGGCAGAGAAAAGAGAUGGAUUCACGAAAAGCUGCAUUGCGCCUUAUGAAGUUUGAGAAGGAUUUGGUCUCUGACAAUGUGAAUAAGAAACGAAAAAGAGAAGAAAAUGGAAAUACUUUAGACUUAGAAACUAAUGUUAUUAAACCAGAAAACAAAUUAACUGAUACAACUGCAAAGACUGAGUUACAAGAUGUAGAUGCAAACAUAGUACCAUUUAAGAAACGGAAAAAAAGUGAUUCAACUUGUAAUGUAUCUAGCACUAAAUCUGAUAUUACUGUGAAUAAGAAAAAGUUACAAAUAGAUACUUUCAAAAAGAGUAAAACUACAAAAAAUAAAUUGCACAAAAAAAGUAAGAAAUCUAUAGAUAAAAAUGUAGAACAUAAAGCAAAGAAGGCAGUAAUUUCUGUAGGACAAAUAACUAAAACUAGUGAGUUAGAUCAACAUAUUUCUAUCUCGCGAAUUUCUAAUAAAAAAGUUCGAUUAGAAGAAACUAACAACAAACCUGUAACCAAGAAAGGAAGUGAGAUGAAAAACAAGAUUACGAGUCAAAAAAUACCAUUAAAAAAUAAAUCACAUCCAAUGAAGAAGCAAACUAAUUUAAAUAAUUCUACGACAGAAAAGAAAAAGGUAAUAUUCGGACUCUCUCGAAAUACAGCACAACAUACAUCCGAAUAUAUUCGACAAGUUCGCAAAAGUCCGGCUAUUCCAUUUGAUGCAAAUAAAAAGCCAUUGAACAGCGUGCUGAAAAUGAAUCCUAUACAAAGUCCGCUUAAUCCGUUUUACUAUAAAAAAUAAUA